AUGAUGGUCCGCCAGCCUGCCCGAGCCAUACCUGGCUCCGCUCGAAAAUUCCCGCAUGUGCGCUCGCGCCCUCAGCUCGUCCUCGUCCAUGGGAUGACUCGGUGGGGCGAACGUGCCAGCCCUGACCGUGGGUGUGGCCCUACCACGAAACUGGUUCGCACCGCAAAUUCAGACCCAGCGCUAGUGGAAGAGCGGGUGUUGACUGUGUGCAAAGUCUUUGAUAAGAUCACGGCCGAUAAGUUAACUUUGGAAUCGCACUUCAUCAAGGAUUUGGGUUUGGACUCCUUAGAUCACGUGGAAAUCAUCAUGGCCAUUGAAGACGAGUUUGGUUUUGAAAUCCCUGACGAUCAAGCCGAGAAAUUAAUGACCCCAGGAAAAAUCGUCCAGUUCGUUGCGGAUCACGAAGACGUUUACGAAUAGAAACAGAACAUUAAAUUUUCAACCCCUUAAAAAUUUCAACACGAAGAAAUACAGCCUUUUGUUCCGAUUAAGAA